AUGCGACCCCUCACUGUCAGUGAAUUAAUCGAAGCUCAUGCCGUGGAGCUCAGCGAAGAUCCGCCAUACCUCGACCGCGAGGGCCGAUCUUAUGAGCAAGAUGAUCUCUUUAAUAUCUGUCUUGGACUUAUAGAGAUUGCGUAUAUUGAAAACGAAAAUAAAGUGAUCGUCUCAGUUGCUCGCAUAGCUCAUUUCUCCAUCAAGGAAUAUCUUCAAUCAGAUCGUAUUCGACAGCAGAAGGCAGAAAAAUUCGCUAUUGAUAGUGGAUCUGCAAAUGCUGAACUGAGCCAGAUCUGUCUUGUCUAUCUCUUAGACCCGAUUUUGUCAGACGGUGAUAUGGAUGAAGCAAAGCGACAGGCAUUUCCUCUCACUCACUUUGCUGCCGUGCAUUGGUUUGACCAUUAUCAAUCUUCUCGAGCAGACCCGGAGUCUGAAAGACUACUGUUGAGGCUCUUUAAGAAUGAAAACAACUCAUUCGUGAUCUGGGCCAGGAUAUACGAGAUUGACCGUACCUGGGCGCCACGCUACUUCUGUGAAAGAUAUGUGGAUAGCGUCACGUCUCCCAUCUACUAUGCAUCGUACUUAGGACUAGAAAACAUCCUCAGAGCUAUUUUGGAUAUGUACGAGGAGAGACGCAGUCUACUAGACUUUAUAAAUCGCCCGUUCGGAGUCCACCACAAUGCACUCCAAGCAGCAUCACACGAAGGCCACAAGAGAAUUGUCCAAAUGUUGCUUGACCACGGUGCUAAAAUCAAUGUCGAAGGCGAAGCAGCUGGCGGUGCACUUUAUGACGCAUCAUCAAAUGGUCACUACCAGGUAGUUCAGAUACUGCUCAAACACGGUGCUAAAGUCAAUGCCAACAGAGGUGAUUCCGGUACGGCACUUAUACCGGCCUCAGCUGGGGGUCACAAUCAGGUCGUUCAAAUGCUGCUAGAUCAUGGUGCCGAUGUCAAUGCCUCGGGUUCUCAGUAUAGCAAUGCGAUGGCCGCGGCAUCACACUAUGGUCGUGACCAAGUGGUCCAAAUACUGCUAGAUCAUGGUGCUUAUGUGAACGAUCCAAACGCAUAUGGCAAUCCUCCGCUUACUGAAGCAUCAGAAUUUGGCCACGAGGCUAUAGUCAGAAUACUACUAGAUCAUGGUGCUGAUGUCAAUGCCUCGGGCUCUCAGCUACAUUAUGAUUUUUAUGCUACGAGCGAUCCAGACCCAUAUUGCAAACCGAUAAUUAAAGCAUCAAGAAAUGGCCACGAGACCAUAGUCAGAAUGCUACUAGAUCAUGGUGCCGAUGUGAACGAUCCAAACACAUAUAGCAAUCCACUUACUGAAGCAUCAAGAAAUGGUCGCGAGGCUAUAGUCAGAAUACUACUAGAUCAUGGUGCCGAUGUGAAUGGUCCGAAGAAAUCUGGCGAACCGCUGAUUGAAGCAUCACACUAUGGUCGUGACUAA